AUGGAUGUUACAAACUCACAUGAUCCAAGCAGAGGGUUCAACUAUGGAUCGACUGCUGAACACGGGCAACAGUUUCCGGUACGGGAGGAGGAUGAAACUAGUGCAGUAGACAGGAACAAAUCACCAAAUAAAGGACGUCUCACCCCGAUGCUAUCAUCUCUCCCGUUAUCAACACAGCAAAAGAUGGUCAAUGAUGACAAGAAAAAACCACCAAAGAAAGGACGUCUCACCCCGAUGCGAUCACCUAUCCCCGUAUCAAUCCCAGUGGCUCUAGCGGAACCGUUACUGACACCAGUUGUUGAAGGACGUGAAGUGGAGAUAUUGAAAAGCAUCGUAUAUGGAGGUCUAGCAGAAGCAAUCGCAAGCCUCGGUGUUAUCUCAUCUGCUGCUGGUUCUGGUGCUUCAACAUGUAAGUACCCCCUCAACUUUAUACAACUCCACAUCCACCCUGCAUCCACUAGUGAAACACUACUCACAAAAAAGGAGGAACCCAUUAGAGAAACAACAGCUGAAAGCCAGACCAACGGUCAAAAAGAAAGUCGGUACAAGCGACUUUUAGGACGCCGAGAAAACUUCAUGCUUCACGCAACAGUCGCAAUCUUAUCCUUCAUUAUCACUGGACUACUCCCUCCUGUUGUCUACUACUUCUCAUUCAGAGAAACACACAACAAAGACUACAAAGUGGCAUCAGUUUUCGGUGCAUCUCUGAUAUGUAUCACCUUGCUCGCUCUAGCCAAAGCUCACGUGAGGAACCCUAGAAGCAGCUACCUGAAGAGCGUUCUGUACUACGCAACAACAUCUGUGGCUGUGUCGGGGAUUACAUACGUGGUUGGUAACGUUGUGAAUCAGUUGAUUGAGAAGUACGGAUGGUUUGAUGGGUCUGAAACUCAGGCGGGAGAGAUGAUGCUUUCACUUAUGGGGAGAAAGGCUGGUGGCUUCGGAUACUCAUCAUCAUACUGA